CCUGCCAGGGCCGCGGGGCCCCGCAGGAACAGACGCGCCAACAAUCAGAUAAUAUAAAUGUCUAAGACCAUGCAAAUCAUCCAAUACAACGCACGCAAGGCCCGCGAAGGGGUCAUGGCAACCUUUCUGCUGGACCCCAAGGUCCUGCAGGCUGACAUAAUCGCCGUACAGGAGCCAUGGGCCAACCCCAUGACCGAAACCACGCACCAACCAGCCCGGCAGUCCCACCAGCUGCUCUACCCUAAACGCAAGGACCACGGGGGCGACGACCGCGCACGGGUAUGCAUGCUCGUGUCCAAGCGCAUCGACCCCGGCUCCUGGACGCAGCGGGUGAUUUCGAAGGAUUACCAGUGGCUCAAGCUCAGGUACCAACGCGGCACAGAGGAGCGGACGCUCUACGUGCAUAAUAUAUAUAACCAACCGCAGAGCCCCACGAUUGACCGGCUCCGGAGCGAGCUUGCAGCCCUGCACGCGUUACGGGACUGGGGCCGCCCCCUGACCACCGACCACGUGGUCAUCGGGGAUAUGAACGCCCACCACCCCGCGUGAGGGGGCCCGGGGACCAGGAUUGAUCACGACGCGGAGAGGCUGCUUGAGAUCGCCGACGAAUUUGACCUCAUGCUGACCACAGACGAGGGCGUGGUGAC